CUAUUGGGAAAUUAUGUCGCUCUUCGAAGCGCGCGCCAAGCCACCGGUGAAGAUGACCUACCGCGGCGUCGGCUCCAGCAUCGGCCAGUACGAGUUCAUGGGCGAGGAGAACCCCGCCGGGGCCUACGUGUCCUACAACGACUUCGGCUCCGGCGACAUGCCCUUCUCCACCGAGGACCGGCAGACGCUCCUCGACAACGGCGUCACGGUCUUGCACGUGCCGUUCAACCUCGGCGCCAUGUCCUUCUUCCACAACGUGCCGGACUCGACGCUGCCUUCGACGGGCCUGAAUUUGGACGCGUGCAUCAUCGCGGACAUCUUCAACGCGGUCAUCACGACCUGGGACCACGACGACAUCAUGGCGAUCAACCCCGACUUCUCGCCGCCGUCGGGCCAGCCCAUCGUCGUCUACCACCGCACCCACGGCUCGUCGACGACCAAGGGCAUCACGCAGUACCUCGCCGCGGCCUGCCCGGAGAAGUGGACACAGGUCGGGUCGACCAUCGAAUGGCCCGACGUCACCGUCGCCGUCGAGGGCUCGGGCGAGAUGUCGUCGAUGAUCGACGCGACGGAGUACUCCAUCGGCUACAUCGACAGCGGCCACGGCCGCGACGACGGCCUCAGCGAGGUCGAGCUGAAGAACUUGUACGGCACGUACCAGUCGUCCGCGGAGGCCAUCGCCCAGGGCGGCGUGCAGGCGGCCGCGGAGGAGGCCAUCGCGCUCGGCGUGCUGCCCACGGACCCGUCGGCGGACUUCAACAACGUGUCGCUCCACAACAUGCCCGGCCAGUACACGUGGCCCAUCGUCGCCGUGUCCUACCUCUACGUCAACCAGAACCAGCUGGACUCCGGGUCCAAGGGCCCGCUCCUCUACGCGUUCAUCAAGUACAUCCUCUCCGAGGACGGCCAGGCGCUGCUCGGCGACUACAACUUCGAGGCCGCGCCGGCGGACAUGCUCGACAUCUCGCGCGCGGCGCUCGACAUGAUGGACCUGCCCCUCGCGUCCGACAGCUCCCCCAAGUGGACGUUCGAGAGCAACACGACGAAGGGCGGCGGCCAGGAGGACUACGUCAUCUCGGCCAAGCGCCGGUCCUGGUUCGAGUACGAGCUCGGCGAGAUCGAGUCCGAGAUGGCGACGGCCGACGACCUCGCGACGCUCGAGGCGACCGUCGACGAGCUCGCGGCGCUCGUCCGCUCUUCGGGCCUCAUCGCGCUC